AUGCCAAGAUGGUUUGUGAUAGUUGCCCAGUGUUUUGCUUGUGCUGUGAUUGAGGAUACCUGGCAUUUCCUGCAUCGACUCCUUCAUCACAAGAGAAUAUAUAAAUACACCCACAAAGUACAUCAUGAAUAUGUUGCACCAUUUGGGAUGCAAGCUGAAUGUGUACAUCCUCUAGAAACUAUAAUCCUUGGAACUGGAUUUUUCCUUGGAAUAAUGGUCUUCUGUAAUCACAUGAUUUUGCUGUGGGCAUGGUUAAUUUGUCAUUUGAUUCAGACCAUUGAUGCUCACAGUGGCUAUGAUAUUCCUUUGAAUCCUUUAAAUUUGUUGCUUUACGCUGGGGCUCGCUUUCAUGACUUCCAUCAUAUGAACGUCACUGGCAAUUACUCCUCAACAUUCACAUGGUGGGAUAAACUCUUUGGUACUGAUUCG